AUGAAUGUGAUCUGGGUCAGUACCAUUCCCGUGAACAACGUUCCUUCAGAACCUGUUGGAGAAUUAAUAUAUGUUUUUGAAGGAAAAGGUUUGAUCCCCUUGCCUUCCUGUUUCAUUCCAACAAAUUCUCAAACUCCAACUGACUACAAUACUACUCCAGAUGAAGGGUAUAAUAAGAAAAAUUCAGUUCUGUAUUUGAAAUGCGGCCUUGGUCAAAUCCUGAAUGUGGACCUUAAAGUGCCCCUGACUAAUGAAGCCAAGGAAAAGGCUUUGGCUUUUGCAGCACAGCAGCAGAUGUCGGCUGUAGAGUACCAGCGAAGGUCGAUCACUGGCACUCUGGAGAGCAGUAGUGUCCGCGUGGCUGUUGCCCUCCUGGGGCUGACCAAGAUCGAAUCUCUGAUGCUCUUUAAUAGCUAAUUGUUGAAGAAGCCCAAUUUCGUUUUAUACAUGUCAGAACUGAGCCUGCCAGAAUAUUUCCAUA